CAAAUAUCCUGCAUUGUACUUCAAUACAAGCUACCUCAUUUGCUCAUAUAUAUAUAUAUAGAGAGAGAGAGAGAGAGAGGGAAAGAGUGAAAAAGAUGAAGGUUGGAAUCCUUAUAUAUGUUCUCUUCCUUGUUGCUCUAUUCUUGUACGUCUCCUUAAGAAGAAAGAAGAGAGAACCCCAUAAAAAGUCUUAUAAGCUUCCUCCAGGUUCAAUGGGGUUCCCUUAUAUAGGAGAGACCCUUCAACUCUACUCUCAAGACCCUAAUGUCUUCUUUGCUACCAAACAGAGAAGGUACGGCGAAAUCUUCAAGACCCACAUACUUGGUUGUCCUAGUGUCAUGUUGGCUAGCCCUGAGGCUGCUCGGUUCGUGUUGGUGACUCAGGCUCACUUGUUCAAGCCCACGUACCCGAAAAGCAAGGAAAACUUGAUUGGUCCAUCGGCACUCUUUUUCCACCAAGGAGACUACCAUAUUCGCCUGAGGAAACUGGUUCAGAGCUCAUUGUCCCCAGAGGCCAUUCGCAACGUAGUGGCUGAUAUCGAGGCCAUAGCAGUCUCUGCCAUGAGCUCGUGGGGCGGUGGUCACAUCGUGAACACAUUCAAUGAGAUGAAGAAGUUCUCUUUUGAAGUUGGUAUACUGGCUAUAUUUGGCCAGUUGGAGGCUCACUACAGAGAAGAGCUUAAGAAGAACUACAGCAUAUUAGAUACAGGGUACAAUUCUUUUACUACAAACAUACCAGGAACUCCAUACAAAAAGGCCUUAUUGGCAAGGAAGAGGCUAAGUAAGAUUCUGCGUGAGAUCAUCCGUGAGAAGAAGGAAAAGAGGUUAUUUGAUAAGGACCUGUUGGGAUGUUUCUUGAACUCCAAAGAUGACAAGGGUGCAAUCUUAACCGAAAACCAAAUCGCUGACAACAUCAUCGGAGUGCUCUUUGCAGCUCAGGACACCACAGCCAGUGUCAUGACAUGGAUUCUCAAAUACCUCCAUGACAACUCCAAACUUCUGGAGGCUGUAAAGACUGAGCAGAAUGCAAUCUACCAACUAAAUGAUGGAGGUAAGCGUCCAUUGACUUGGACUCAGACAAGAAACAUGCCGGUUACAUACAAGGUUGUAUUGGAGAGCUUGAGAAUGGCAAGCAUUAUAUCUUUCACUUACAGAGAGGCAGUGGCUGAUGUAGAAUACAAGGGGUACCUAAUACCAAAAGGUUGGAAGGUCAUGCCUUUAUUCAGGAAUAUUCAUCACAAUCCAGAAUUCUUUACUGAUCCUCAAAAAUUCAAUCCUUCCAGAUUUGAGGUCGCACCGAAACCCUAUACAUUUAUGCCAUUUGGCAGUGGAGUACAUGCGUGUCCCGGUAAUGAGCUUGCCAAGCUGGAGAUGCUCAUUCUGACCCACCACCUGGUCACCAAGUUCAGGUGGGAAGUGGUAGGAUGUCAAACUGGGAUUCAAUAUCACCCCUUCCUAGUCCCUCUUCAUGGACUCCCAACCAGAUUUUGGAAAGAAUCUACCACCUAAAGGCAGCAUGGAUAUAUGUAAUAGCAUAAAUCCAUUCCUUCCCUCCAAAAUCAUCUAGGGAUUGAAGAAGAUGCCACCUUUUCCCUCUACAUUAUGUUCCUCAUCUUCAUUCAAGAAUUUUACUAUGUGUGCCUUUACAGCUAGCAAUUUGUAUCUUCUAUUUUGGUGAAUUAGAAUCAGAAGAAAUUUUAAUGGAACAAAGAAAA